GUCUCAGAGAGCAGUUUUGUGAAGACCCAGUAUUAGUUAAAUUUAUCGAUACCGAGCUUCCAAAAUGUUUCAAUACUACCUCAUGCAAUACACCGCCAAUUCCAAACUAUUGAUUCAUAAUACUUCGGAGUUAUAGGUAGUACGAAGCCUGCACGUGGGAAGCUCAACACCGAGCAAGUGUAAUAUUUGGAUUAUCUUCCCACUGCCUAAUUAAAGACAUGGGACUCGUAUAGAUCGCAGCUGAAGAGCCCAAAAUGAAGAGGAUUUUCACGAAAAAUGUGCCUACCUGCAGGUCCAUCUGCCGGAAGCCACAGUAGGAACCCGCACCCGGUUCCAACCUAACGGCUGGAUAGUUCGACCAAGACCUCGAGUGAGUGAUAAACAUAAUGGAAGUGAUAUUAAUAAAUAGCAGUCCCUCAUUCCUGAUACUGUCGUUGUAUAGGGUGUCUACGAAACAUCUCUGUUCUCAGCCUUACCCCCCUUCCCAGGUCAACAAUCAUGUUACGCCACCUAUUACACACCUUCGCAUUGGGGUCCGUUGCGUUAGCAACGGACGCAAAUAUCAAGGCCCUUUUUGGCCCCUACUUAUCACCUGGGUCAGAAAUAGCUACUUCAUCUGACCCUGGCUUCGUUGAUGUAGUUUCUCCUCGCUGGACAACCUGGGAGACUCCUACGUUUCAGGCCGCUAUCAAGCCGGCAAAUGAAGCAGACGUACAGAAAAUUGUUGAAAUAGCUGGGAAGAACAACAUACCGUUUCUAGCUACGCUCAACGGCCACGGGAACAAUCUCAAGUACGCCAAAUUCCAGAACGGCCUCAAUAUCAAUCUCGCAAACUUCAACUCUGUCCGAGUAGAUGCUGCAAGCAAUAGGAUGAUCGUCGGCGGAGGUGUCACAUUUGGAGACAUAUCCGAUCCUUUGGCUGCUGCCGGCAAAGAGAUCCAAACCGGGAAUGCAGUGUGUGUUGGGUUGAUCGGGGCCACUAUUGGUGGCGGCAUCGGCACCAUGCAGGGUCUACAUGGGCUGGUCCUAGAUGCUCUUGAAUCUGUCCGCAUAGUUACCGCCACCGGUCUCGUCGUUGCGUCCAAGUCAGAGAAUCCCGAUCUCUUUUGGGCGAUCCGCGGUGCUGGCGCCAAUUUCGGCGUCAUCACGUCUGCCACCUACAUAGUGCACGACGAAACUAAUAGCGGAAGAGUAACUCUGGCUGAUUUCGUCUUCCCUGUUGCGUCCAAUCGGUCGAUAUGGGAACUUCUCAAGUCAUAUGACGACCAUAUCCCCGCUCCGAUGGCCUUGAUACCAUCUAUACAGUACAACCGCACCAUUAACGAGACUUAUAUCAAUGUUGGGCUGGCCUACUAUGGUUCCCAAAGUGAGGCGCAACCGUACAUAGACCAGGUUAAUGCCCUACAUCCGGGAUCGACCACGAUCCAGAACGUGACGACGGGAGAAUUACACGAGAUCUUCUCUGAGGGAGUCUGUGACAGGGGUAAUCGCCACAAUGUGUACUCGCUCGGGCUACGGACGACCGACAGCGCCGCGCUUGAAGAGACGUUGAGCGAUUUAAUACCCUUCUUUGAGGCGCAUCCGGAUUACAGGGGGAACUUCGCCAUCCAGAGGUAUGGCAACGCGGCUAUGUUGCGGAUACCGGAUGACGAGACCGCGUACCCCUGGAGAGACAUUAGCGCGUAUCUGUAAGUCCAGCUCCGAUUUCUCGUCCAACACAAAUAUGAAAUGAGUACUAACGAUCGACAGACUAUUCGAUAGUAUCUACACUGAUCCUAGUUUAGACGCGGAUGUUGACGAGCUCUCGCGGACCGUUCGCUCCAGGUUCCAAGCCGUGAGCGGAUUUUCCCAGCCACAGGUCUACCUCAAUUACGACCAUGGCGAUGAGCCAGUAACCGAGACAUUUGGUGCAUCGAAAUUACCCAAACUCCGCUCGCUCAAACAGCAAUGGGACCCUAAACACUUGUUUGGCAUAGGCAACCCCUUCAAUUAGGAAUGCGAACGAAACCCAUGUUGAGGGGGUAACAUGUUCUGUGCAAAUAUUUCGCGAUGCGGUUGGCCGUAUCGGCCUACCUUUGGGGUUAAUGGUACCAUCAGCAGAGGCAAGGAAUACAAACUUGAAGAUAAGAUUAAUUGUACAUUAUAACAUACGAUAGACAUACCUACUUCUUAGGUACAUAAAAGUCCGUUAUUGUUUUUAUGGAAGGAAUGUUUUUGUGUAAUUCUUUGUGCAAGUCAGCGACUACUUA